UUUUGUUUAGGUUCAAAAUGGAAUCAGACAACAGCGUUUACAGCCACACAUUUAAGGGUUUAUAAUGUCAUAGUGAAGCUUAAUUUGAUCCUUUUAAAGUAGCCAAUAAGGACAUAUUGUUGAGGAUCAAUAAAGGUACGUUUUCUGUGCACAUUUUGGGAGUUAUGUGCUAGUUAGUCUGUAGUUAUUUGGUCCAUUUAGGCAACUCUGCAUGUGUAUCUAGUGAUGUUUCCUCGGAUGACAAUGGCAACUUUAAAGCCUCCCAAGCUGACUUCAGCCAACGUGACAGCAUCCAAGAUCAAGAACAAGAUCCUCAACACCUCCUCCUUCUUCAAGGUCUCUUUGAAGACCAACAACAAGGCCCUGGCUCUGGGUCUGCAGGCCCAGAAGGAGAGGAGCAGGCAGCUGGAGAUGGAGGUGGUGUACCUUCAGAAACAGGUGGAGGCUCUGUGCUUCGAGCUGGCCGCCAAGAAUUACAAGCAGAGGAAACUGCUCCUCAUCUUUAAAUCUCUUCAUAGCAACACUCUGCAGCACUUGGACAUGGCGACUGACCUGUUCCCUGACAACGAUCUCCCUAAACUAUCUGAGGACGACAAGACCUCGUCUGGUGACGUCGACAAAGAAUAUCUUGCAGUGGGAAGUCUCACAGAUCAGUUAGCUCCUCAGCCAGAGAUUGCAGGGCUUUCGUUACCAGAACCGAAAGUUCCAGCAGACUUGAUUGAAAAAAACAUCUCUGCAAAUGUCUUCAGUAUCCAGAACCGAACCAGAGUGUCCACUGAUCUUUUUAACGAUAACACAGAUGCUGAUAAAACACAUUCAAUCCAUCUAAUACAAGCUCCCAAGACCGGGACAUCCCGUCCGUCCAGCAGCCUGAGGGAGGAAGUAGAGAGGCUGUCGAUGAUGUUUUCUCAAUCUGGGUUUGAUAUGAAGUCAGUCAACUGUCCUCAGACCAGUCAAACCUCCUCAGCUGUGAGCGAGUGUGAAAAACCCAAACCAUCUCUUUCCGAUGAAGUUCCCCUUCCAAGUAGCUCAGUUAAGGAAACUGAACCAGAACUUGGUAACAAACAAGAGAAGACUGUGCUUCUGAAUACUACGAUGGAGAUGACGCUGAGUAACGCCGCUGAGAUAGUCACCGUGGAAACCAAGGCCAAAAAUACGGGCCGCACUGGCAAGCUGAAAAGCAAGAAGAAUAAGGAAACAGUCUGUGUGUCAGGUGUAGCUGAAAAUCCACAAGUGAAGAACUCUGCAGAGUCUAUGCUGACUGAGGUUCAGAGUGCUCCCACUGUCACUAUGUUACAGACAGGUAGUCAUGUAGUAGAUGAUAUUAGAGACCCAGAGCUUCAGCCUACCCAAACACAGAGUAGGAGCGUUGCUUCUUCUCACAUUCCCAAAUUAAAAAAGUCUGAAGCUGUCAAGCGUCAGAAAAUUUCAAAGGACAAAUUAAAGUCCUCUGACCACACAAAGUCAAAAACGGAGUCUCAGGACAUCGCCACGCUGGACCUGGACGAUUACUUCAUGGAUCCUGAAAUUAAAUUCCCAAAAGCCAGCAAAAGUGUAAAAUUGCAACAAGAGAAUGAUUCAGCAGUAGAAGCCAGCUCCAAAGUCACCUGCAGGAGGUCCCGGACUAAAGGCAGGAGCUCGUCUUUGGUCAGCCGCAAAACGUUUGUCACUUUGCCUCCGCUGUGGCAUGAAAGUGAGACAAGUGGGUCCAAAUCGGAGCAGGUCCCCGAUGACGUGGAACGAGAAGCUGAGGCAUGCAAAGUCCAAGAGCUGCCCGAAGAGUUCCCGUUCUGUGCAGAUGAAGUCACACAUCCAGAGUCGGAACAUGUGGGCAAUAAACCACAGCGCAAAAGGAAGACUCAUUUUGCGAGAAGUCAGAAAUUAAAAUGCAGAGGGACAUUCGUUGUCUCAGUGACGAGGGAUAGCGCCUCAUUAACCGGAGCAUCACCAGAAGAAGAGCAGGACUUAAUGCCUUCUACAGAAUCCUCCAAAUGUGAGGAAGAAGAACCGUCACUUGUCAUGGAUGCAGAAUCAAACCCAUACAGGCAGAGUUUGAGAUCCUCUGUCAAGGAAACACCCAGCUCCUGUAAGCGUCCUUGGCUGUCCUAUCUGGACUCAGGAGGCCCUCAAGAGGAUUUGAGUAGCAGCAAUAAUCACGAAGCAUCGCCCCUGGAUCAGGACUGCACCUCGGGAACAGAGUUUCAGACGCCUAAAAAAGCCAGGAGAGAGGAAUCGAGUCGAACCGGUAAGAAGAAAGAGGCACGGAGGGAAAAGUGUGUGGAUGAUUUAACUGACAAGAAAAAGAAGAAGAAGAAAAAUAGCCGAAACAACCAAAGAUUUAGAUCCGAGGAUGAAGCAUGUGACCUUGAGAACCGCGGCGAUGUCUCACCUCUCCGUGGCGUCGAUGGUCCUGAAAGAAACAAAGAGCAGUUAGAUGAUUACCAAGUGGUUAGCUCACAUUCUGACCUCAGUGAAAAGGACGACUUCUUUGAACAUUUAUAUGAUUCAAAACCCGACGGGUCGAAGUCAAGGAUGACUCAGAAUCCAAAACGGUAUAGGAAGACAUCCAAGCUGCAGACGGCAGCAGAAGCCAGAAACCCGAGGGAAACAUUUGUCCUCUCCAGGCGCAAAACUCAAGACAAUGUUCCACCGAUCAACACGAGGACUUCUAACGUGUUGCACAGUCACACAGUGGAGACCAGUGAUGGUGUUCUUCAGGAUCUGGGCAACCUGCUGACGGAUGAGAUGCCACCAUGGCUGGACAUGAACGUCAGCAUCGCCGACACUGAGGUGGGCUCUUUACUCGCUAGUCCCAGGAGGGAGACGUCAGGCAGAGCCGCAAGGGUUGAGGAGUCUGCUGAUGUCACAACCGAAGCCUCUCCAGCUGGGAGAGUGUUAAAAUCACUGACCAACACCAUUCAAACCCCAGACAGUGAAAACGGAGGCAGAACCAGGAGGAGAAAAGGUGUCGUCAGUUACAAGGAGCCGACGCUCAACUGCAAAAUGAGGCGUGGAGAUAAAUUCACAGACAGCGAGUUUCUGAGUUCUCCCAUGUUCAAAGACGGGAAGAAGAAGAAGAAGAAGCAGCUGCAGAAGAAGACAAAUCCAAAGUUGGAAAGAUCCAUUUUAUUCGACUGAUGUUUUUUUUUUUUUUUUUUUUUUAAACCUGGUUUAUUUUAAAUCGUCGUUUUUUUAAGAUUAAUAAAUACCGUUUUUUUUUGUUUUAAGUCAAUGUUUUCUGGUAACUAUAUUUUGUAUACUCGACUAGACAAACCUGUGUGUGAAACACUUGAUCUGUAUUUUCUAAAACCACUUAUUUCCCAGUAAUGUCUGGCUGGUGAAGGUCUAAGAGAUUGACAGUGGGGGGGUUGGUGGUCAUAAAUUAUUCAAUCCAGGCGGUUCAUCUGAGAAGUCUCUUCCACAUCACUGUUGAAGGCUUGUGUUCGCCAGAAAAGGUUUCCAUAUAUGCAGAGCAGCACGACUGCAGCCAGCCAUGUAACCUUUAGUCUCAUCAUGUGAACUGUCUGUCAGCCUGCUUACAGUCGACCAGAUUUGAGUGGUGAGUAAAGAUGCUUGUGUGUUGAAUUUGUUUUAAAACAUGCCACUGAUUAUUUUUGUCUGCACAUUAAAAUGUUUUAU